AUGGAAAAGUCUUGGCGAGCGCUGCCUUGUCAUUUUCCAGAACUGAACUGCAUCGUUGAAUCUGACUUACGAAAACUGUGCCAAUUGGAAGAGCUCUACAGCGUGUACGUGGAACAGACGUUGAAGUUCGCGAAAACGUUUCUGACUCGUCUGGACUCGCUCGUCGGGCAAGACGCUCAAGGGUUCCUCUCCUGGGCGCGCCAGUGGGGGUCCCUCAAGAAAAACUCGAAGAACGGGUCUAAGACCAAAAAGCAGGAGGGAUUCCUUGAGAAAACCUAUGACAGCUUCAUUCUCUUUGCCCGAAAAGAAAUCGACGCUAGAACUCAACUUUCGACAACUCUGGAGAAAAAUGUCAUCAAAACAAUUCAUAAAACGAAAACGGCGAUCAAAGAAAGAAACGAAAAAUUCAUCAAGGAUCACAAUAUUCAAGCGGCUAGAAGAAUCAAGGCUGAAGAAAAGCUAGAGUUUUACUUCAACGAAUACAAGAAAACUCACGAAGCGCUGAUGAAAUUUGAUAAGAACAAUAAAAAAGGGUCGAAAUUACCAUUUUUUAUGAAAAUUCUAAAGUCGAAAUGGAUCUUUCUUUUGACCCUUGAAAGACCAAAAAAGUCUGGAAAAGGGGUCCUGAGUAAAGAAGAAAGAAUCGCCCGAGAAAGAAAAUACAAAGUUUCGAGCAUGGAAACGGCUGAAAACGAUUACACAGACAUGGUGAAUGAUUUCAACAUCGAGCAGCAAAACUCGUUCGAGGACUACCUCCCACGAAUUUGCUCUAAUCUCGAAGAUCUCCACGAAGACCUUCUGAAAAGAGUCAAUCAGAUUCAGCUCAAUGCCAAAGACUCUCUCACGGAGAGCGUUCGUCUGGUGUCUGCGGCUUGUGGCUGCGUGUGCUACCACGAUAAGGACUCUUUCCCAGACGUCAUCUCCGCCGAACACCGGCUUAUCAUCGAUAACGUAAAGAAGGAUCACCCACGGAGCAUUCCAGCCGAUAAGCAGCCCAAAAUGUUUCUCAAUUCGAAAAACGGGUCAGUCUCGACUGGAUCUUCUUCCAGAACAAAACCGGAGCCGCAAACCAACUUUACAUCCCCGGCCGCCUCGGAAAAGUUCAAACACAAUCCUCACAUACGAAUAAGUCCAAGACCUUCUCAAUCACCGCCCAGUCCUGUCAAGGCGCCAGAUGAGCCAUACGACCCGAAUAAGUUAGAAACAGGAAGUUUGGCAGAUUCUUUUGUCUCUGAACUGGAAUCUCUUCACCUGUACGAAAAAAUCGAGCCGGCACUAUCAAACUCUGAGCCUUCUCCGGAUGAUGAGAUAAAUGCCAAUAAAAAACGUGAACCCAAAUCGGGACGAAUGCUUUACGACUUUGACGGCACUGAUUCAAAUGGCAACGACUUUCCUGAUGCUGUCAAGUGCAAGAAAGGAGAUCUACUGGAAGUGCUAGAGGAUAGCUCGAAUGAAAACUGGAGCAAGGUGAAAAUCAUCAGCUCGCAGAACGUCGGAUUCGUACCUACUCAAUUCUUGGCAAUAACUCCUCCGAAAAACGAAGAUUCAGAAUCUGCGAAACACGUACUAAAAGAUUCGAAAACUGAACGUCUUGUUGAAUAA